UGUCCUUGCUGUGGAUAGCUGAAACACGCCAGUGGUGCUGCACAGGCACAAGACCCCAUCAUAAUGUUGAAAAAUCAGCGAGCACCAGAUAAAUCAUCCUCAACAACAGAAAACCUGUAUUGUAUUUGCUUCAACAAUACUUCAUGAUCACAUAUCAAGAUCCGAAAUCAAACAAAAUACCCGUCAGUAUACUCUGUUACCAAUAACCAAGACAUGCCAAGCAUAUAAGCUAACUCAUUCAUGUUUGGCACGCAAACCUAAAGCAGAUAAAGCAACACUCUCUUAUGGAGGUUAGCAGAUGGGAUUCUUGCUGUCGGCUGCUCUGUUCAUCGUGACAUUGCUGCUGCCUCUCUGAUAUAUAUACAGGGAGAACCCCAAGGCUUAAGCACCAACGAACUGCAGGUCGUCUUGCCUACCAUUCUCGUCAAUUUCUAUACAGAAGAAAACAGCACCACAGCUUGAAUCUCCAACCAUGGCUUACCAUCUACGAUCGGCAAGCACGCCUUCGAGGCCUCGCUCAAACAAAACUGAAGUCGAGCAGCAGCUCCAGAGCCUGAGCACAACCAUCUCUUCGCCCUCGGCGACCAUUGAUACGAUGUGUGAUGGCUUGAGGAGGCUCGGUGACAUCUACAGCUGCAUCGAGAAGAUGAUGUGCACACCAAGCAGCCAAGUCAGCCUUUGCCAGACCCUUCAAAGGGCGCCAGUGGAGGCGGAGCUUGGACGGUCCCUCGUCGUGCUCGAUCUCUGCAACGGCAUGCGGGAUAGCUUCAUGGAAUUGAAGUUGACUGUCCAAGAGCUACUGUUGGCUCUCAGGAGAGGAGAAGGUGUGUCUUCUCAAGUCAAGGCAUAUGUCCGGCUAGUAAACAAGGUGCAAAAACAGUUCAAGAAGAUCAGCAAGAAAACUACUUCCGACAAGAACGGCUCUAGGGUGGUGAUGCUAAUGGCAGAAGCAAGAGAGAUCACCAUGUCACUGCUCGAAUCCACGUCCUCAAUCUUGUCGAAGCAAGUUGAGAUGCCCAAGUGGUCUCUUGCCUCCAAAACAUUCCAGAGGAGCAAAGUUGUGUGCCAAGAGGAGCAAUUGCAGGCACUGGAGCACAGUAUUGGAGAUCUUGAGAGCGGAGUGGAACUUCUCUACAGGAGAUUGAUCCAAAACAGAGUCUCUCUUCUGAAUAUUCUUAGCUCAUAUAUACCCUGAGCUCUAGUUCACUGCGGUUGGCAUCCACCUUUUAAAGGAUCGUUAAUCAAUCAUGAUAGAAAUUUUGCAGUAUGUAUACUUGUGGAUAUGUAUAGGAAGUUCACUGAACCGGAGAGCAAAAGAAAAACAAUUUUGUCAAUUUCAUUUCACUGAAUUUUCUCAUUUCUGCUAAACUCUAACAUUAUUUACAUGGCUAGGUGCCUAGAUACAACUCUUUCAGUAGAAUGUUUGUUAGAUACAAAUGAUAUUUACAGGUCUUGGUAAAUAAUUAAUAAAAUGACUGCAUGCAUCCCCUGAUGCAGAAGCCAGGGGGUCAUCUUCCUUUUCGUAAAAAAAUAGUACACCCCACCUUUUUUUAAGAUUUUAUGAUUAUAGGAUUACGGGUAGAGACAGCACAUAAACAAAUAUCUGGCAUGGCGAGCUAAAAGACCCGAUAAAUCUCAAUGUUAACUUCAGUUAACACACCACCAUAUCUCUUCAUAUCCUCGCUAAAAGAACUGCACCCAGCUGCACCGAUCUCUGAAAAACUAGUAGCGAUUAUAAUGCUUCUAGAGAUACCUGAAGGGGUUCGAUUAGACUUUUGUCCCUUCAGAUUCUGGCGAUAAGGGGAAUUUUGCUUACCGAGAAUGGGAUCCGUCAAUCGCGUGUUCAAAACAAAUACUUGUAGACCCAAUCUGGCUCUUAUACUCCAUUGUAAUAACUCAAUAUCGGUACACUAUAAGCGCGACACAGGACCCAUGUCGGGAGCCUGAAGCUGGGCAACCUCCAUAUCUCUUUUGUCUCCGACGAGAUACCCUCAAGCUCCGAACUCCCUCUCUGUACUGUCUUGCAUGACCUCAGACACAAAGGAUGCGCCGACAGGUCGAGCUCCGCAACCACCGGCUCCAAGGAAAAGCCACCACGGCAGAGGUCGGCAGUAAGGAGGCCAAAGAGGAUGGUGGAGGGGUCGCGGUAGGGUUCCCUUGGUGCUGGUUGGAGGGGGCGUUACGAGUGGCCAGUGGCAAAUUUUAGUGUUUUGACCCUUUUCUGAAAUCUAUUCGAGAUUUAACCCUAGUUUGAAAAAAAUUCGAGAUCUGACUCUUUUGGUACCGCCAGAGUCUAUGGCGGUAUGGUA